AAACUGUGUGUGUGCGUGUUUGCCUGUGUAAGAAAGUGACGAAUUACUUUUCAUCAAAUGGAAAAUAAUUUACUUUGAAAACACGUAUAAAUUUUUCACAUCGUCUGAAAUUAGUGGUCACUACUAGAAUCUAAUUUCGUAAUCUAACUCAGUGCCACUACGCAUUAAAAACGCUAACAAUUAGCCUACCACACAAGCGAAAUGGCGGAAGGCGGCAGUAAACGUAUCAACGUGGUUGUAAAAACGCCAAAGGACAAGAAAACUGUUGAGGUUGAUGAAGAUUCUGGAAUAAAAGAUUUCAAGGUUCUCGUUGCACAAAAGUUUGAGGCCGAGCCGGAGCAAUUGGUGCUGAUUUUUGCUGGUAAAAUCAUGAAGGACACUGACACGCUCAAGAUGCACAACAUCAAGGAUCAGCUGACGGUGCAUCUGGUGAUAAAGUCGGUGACGCGCAACAACGAAGCACCGGCCCGUGCGCCCGCCGAUGUGCGUCAGACGCCCUUCGGCCUGAAUCAGUUUGGUGGCUUGGCCGGAAUGGAGGCUCUGGGUGCCGGAUCAAACACCUUUAUGGAUCUGCAGGCCCGCAUGCAGAACGAGCUGCUCAACAACGGUGACAUGCUGCGCUCCCUGAUGGACAAUCCUUUAGUCCAGCAGAUGAUGAACAAUCCGGACACCAUGCGCCAAUUGAUUACCUCGAAUCCGCAGAUGCAGGACCUGAUGCAGCGCAAUCCCGAGAUUACGCACAUGCUCAACAAUCCCGAUCUGUUGCGCCAGACCAUGGAGCUGGCCCGCAACCCUUCUAUGCUGCAGGAGCUGAUGCGCUCCCACGACCGGGCCAUGUCCAAUCUGGAGUCGGUGCCUGGCGGCUACAGUGCCUUGCAGCGUAUCUAUCGUGAUAUCCAGGAGCCCAUGAUGAAUGCCGCCACAGAGUCAUUCGGGCGCAAUCCCUUUGCUGGGCUCGUCGAGGGCGGCGGCGGUGGCAGCGGCGGCGGAGUGGCUGGCGUCAAUCCCCAGCAGGGUACCGAGAACCGCAAUCCACUGCCCAAUCCAUGGGGUGGUAGCGGCGGCGGAACAGCUUCCGGCAACGGCACCAACUCCUCUACAAAUGGUCCCACCGGCCAGGCAAAUCGCACUGGGGACCAGCCCCCGAACAACGUACUCAAUACGCCGGCCAUGCGAAGCCUGCUUCAACAGAUGGCUGACAACCCGACCAUGAUGCAGAACCUACUGAAUGCGCCGUACACACGCUCCAUGAUGGACUCGAUGUCGCAGGAUCCGGACAUGGCUUCGCGCCUCCUAAGCAGCAGUCCCCUUCUCUCGAACAAUCCCGCCCUGCAGGAGCAGGUGCGCCAGAUGAUGCCCCAGUUCAUGGCACAGAUGCAGAAUCCCGAAGUGAUGAAUAUGCUGACCAAUCCCGAUGCCAUGAAUGCCAUUCUACAGAUCCAGCAGGGCAUGGAGCAGCUGCGCAGUGCCGCCCCCGGACUGGUCGGCACCAUGGGCAUUCCGCCGCCACCACCCGGCAUCAAUACGGACCCGGCCAGCGGCGAUGGUGGCCUCAACAGCCGUACUGCCCCCACCAACACGAACAACAGCAGCGUACCAAAUGCUGGCAACAACAGCGUUAAUGCACCAGCUCCCGCUCUCGCACCGGGCGGAGGCCCUAAUGCCCAGCUCUUCAACGAUUUCAUGACGCGCAUGCUGAACGGCAUGUCCACCAAUGCGGACUCCUCGCAGCCACCAGAGGUGCGCUAUCAAUCGCAGCUGGAGCAGCUGGCGGCCAUGGGUUUUGGCAACCGUGAGGCCAACUUGCAGGCUCUGAUUGCCACUUUUGGGGACAUUAAUGCGGCGGUGGAGCGUCUACUGGCUGUGAAUCAGCUGUCUCUGAGUUAACAUCGCUAAACCACAUCCCAACAACAACAAAGAAACACACAACAAAAAUAACAACAAAAACAACCUUCAACAUUGUAUACAACCUGUCUAUAUAUCUACGCACUACAACAAUACCUAGACACCUAUAGCCAGCCGCCCCGGAGACGGAAACUAUGUGAGAGGGAGAGCAAGAACAGGAACACGAGCGAGAGAGAUAGAGUGUGAGGAAUGUAUAAAAAGAGCUAGAAGAAGAGCCCAAAGAAGGAGAAGGAAACAGGGACACACAGACACAGACUGGAACACACACAAAAUCAACAAUAAUACUAACUACAUACAUGUAUAAGCCACUGGAUUAGCUAAGUUCGGUUAGCAUUUUCAUACACUCCACCACCUGACUGGUAGAAAUUACCUUCAAUUAGAAUCCGUAUGGAGUGGAGAGACAGAGAGACGAG